AUUAUAAUUUCUUAAAGACAUUAAAUUAAGAAAACUAUUUAAUUUUCGGUACAAAGUAUAUAAAAAUAAGGACGCGUUUAGCAAAAACAGAAUUCAUAGAUAAUCAAAUCAUAUAGACCUCAGCGCCAACGCAUUCACUUGCACGAGUAUCAAAUCCACCAUAAAGGAAGUGCAGCAUACGAAUUAGUGAUAAAGGAAUAAAAAAUUGUGAAGAAAAUUUAAGGGAAAAUUGCUGGAAACAUGUCGGCGGCGCAAGUUGAAGUGCAGCAAAACAACGAGGAUAAAAUAUUGGAUGGAGUGAGUAAAGCAACCGCUAAAGGCACCGACUCAACCGCCUCCACCCUCAAUAAUGCGUUGAACGAGAAUAAUAAUGCAGUGGAAAAGACCACUAAAAUGGAUACGUCAACAACAACGCAAGAAGCAACCAACAAUGGUGUCGAUGAACAAAAGGAUUUAGCAGAAAAUUACAAAAAUCAGGGAAAUGAGAUGUUAAAAAAUAAGGAAUUCACUAAAGCAAUUGAAAUGUACACGAAAGCUAUAGAGUUAUGCCCCUGUGCAAUAUACUAUGCCAACCGUUCACUAGCUCAUCUGCGAGAAGAGAGUUUUGGUUACGCUCUACAAGAUGGUAUCGCCGCUGUUAAAGCGGAUCCAACGUACUUGAAGGGCUAUUACCGUCGUGCCGCAGCCCAAAUGUCACUUGGUAAAUUCAAGCAAGCGUUAGCCGAUUUUGAAUAUGUCUCAAAAUGUCGACCCAAUGACAAAGAUGCUAAACUUAAGUAUACGGAAUGCAAUAAAAUAGUUAAAAUGCGUGCUUUCGAACGUGCCAUCGCGGUUGAUACACCCGAAAAAACGUUAGCCGAAAUGUACAAAGAACUAGAAGAUAUAGCAAUCGAAGAUGCUUAUACGGGGCCGGCCCUCAAAGAUAACAAAGUAACAUUGGAAUUCAUGUUGGAACUAAUGGAGCAUUACAAAAACCAAAAAAUUUUGCACCGUAAAUACGCUUAUAAAAUACUCUGCGAUGUUGACGAAUAUAUGCGAACGCAACCCUCGCUCGUUGACAUUAAUGUACCCGAUGAAUCGAAAUUUACAAUUUGUGGCGAUAUUCAUGGUCAGUUCUAUGAUCUUAUGAAUAUCUUCAAAAUAAAUGGCUUGCCAUCGCCGACGAAUCCAUAUCUAUUCAAUGGCGAUUUCGUUGAUAGAGGCUCAUUUUCUGUUGAGUGUAUAUUCACACUUUUCGGUUUUAAACUUUUAUAUCCGAAUCACUUCUUUAUGUCUCGUGGCAACCACGAGAGCAUUAACAUGAAUCACAUGUACGGCUUCACUGGUGAAGUAUCGGCAAAAUAUACCUCCCGCAUGGCUGAUAUGUUUACGCGUGUAUUCAAUUGGUUGCCGCUAUGCCAUUGCAUUAACAAGAAGAUUCUUGUCAUGCAUGGUGGUCUGUUUUCGAAAGACAAUGUCGUUUUAGAUGACUUACGCUGCAUCGACCGCAACUGCCAGCCACCCGAGGAGGGACUCAUGUGUGAACUAUUAUGGUCCGAUCCGCAAGCAUGGCCCGGUCGUGGUCCCUCGAAACGUGGUGUGGGCAUACAAUUCGGACCCGAUGUUACAAAGGCAUUUUGUAAACGAAAUAAUUUGGAUUAUGUUGUACGCAGUCAUGAGGUCAAAGAUAUGGGCUAUGAAGUCACACAUGAUGGCCAAUGCAUUACGGUGUUUUCCGCACCUAAUUACUGCGAUACUAUGGGCAAUAUGGGCGCUUUUAUAACAAUAAAAGGCAAUGAUUUGAAACCGAAUUUCAAAUCAUUCGAAUCUGUGCCUCAUCCUGAUGUAAAGCCAAUGGCAUAUGCAAACAGCUUAAUGAGCAUGCUGUCCAUGUAGUUUAAGUUAACUCUGUAUAGUAAUAUAAAAUUCGGCUGGCGUUUAAGCAAGUAUUGUAUAUCUUAAACAAGGAAACAAAUCAUUAGACGAUAAAACAAAAAUAUCAGCAUGUCGUAUGAACACUACCGCAUUUUGAACUCAAAAAUUGCUCACGAAAUAAAGUCACAGAGUUUCACAUUUAUAAAGAAGAAAACGUAAACUGGUGCUUAGUAUAGAAUCGCUAAAAUAAAGAACAUGCUAACUACAAUCUAUUUUUAAACUAGUAUGGUAAAAACAUCAAUUACUAUCUAAUUUUAAUAGUAUAACAUAUUGCGAACCGUAAAUUCACUAUAUUCGAUAUACGCAGUUUUUAGCGUAAAAACCUGCUUCCUAAAAGCUUGGCUUUGUUAAAGUUUAUUUUGCAAAUUUCAAAACAAAAAAUGCAGAGAAUAUUAAAUUAAACUACAUGCAAUUACUUAUUGAUUUGUUGGUUACUUGUUUUCAAUUUUUAAAGUCGAAAAUAAUGUAAAAAGUUGUCGAGUCACAUACACAAUUUUUGUAUUUUUCAUUAAGCUUUUUACCAAUUUUCAAUUGCUUUGCAAAUUUUAUCAACCGAACGAAAAUGCGUUUAAGUCAACCAAAAUCUAAAUUAUGCCACAUUUUAGUUUUAUUUUACAUUUAACACGUAUAUACAACUGUAAAAAAAUGUAUAGAAAUAGAGAAAGGAAAAUAUGUUUUGCUAUGAAUAUAUCCAAAA